UUUUCCUCGUCACUUUAGCGCCAUCUUUUGUUUUCCACCAGCUUAUCUGAAUUGUACCACGCAUGCGCUGUUCGCGGACUCGUCAUAAUCACAGGAUCUGAACGUGACGGAAGAAGAACUGCAAACUGGCAUCUUCAUUACUUUCAUGGUUUGUCUGCCCUCCUGCAUCCACAUGGCUCGUGUCUUCGUCUAUGGCACCCUGAAGAAGGGGCAGCCCAACUACUACCGUAUGUUUGAAAGCGCCAAUGGUAAGGCGGAGUUCCUCGCCUCGGCCUGCACCACCCAGAACUACCCGCUAGUGAUCGCCGGCAAGUACAACAUCCCAUUCCUCCUCACCAUCCCCGGCCAGGGUCACCGAGUCCAAGGAGAGAUCUACAAAGUGGACGACCAAAUGCUGAAAUUCCUGGACGCCUUUGAAGGGGUUCCCACCAUGUACCAGCGGACUCUGGUCGAACUGGAGGUGAAGGAGUGGGUGGGGCAGACGGAGGGAGAGGAGAGGCCGGCAGCAGGAAGCAUCACAGAGGCGUUUGUGUACAGCACGACAACAUACCAGCCAGACUGGCCCUCGCUGCCAAAAUAUGAAAGCUAUGACUCACAUGGAGAUCACGGGCUUGAGUAUGUGACCAGAGAAGCACGAGACUGAUGUAGCUUGCGGGAACAAGAAGAGCAGAUCCUUAGUAGAUGGCAAAUAUGGUCCACAAAGUCUUAUACCUCUAUACAGAUCAGCCUCCAUAGCGGCAGUGUCUAAUUUUGCCUUGUCAAGGCUAAAAUCUUGGGAAUUCUUACUUUUUCAGCCUAAGAGCAAUAUAAGGAAACAUUGAAAAGAAAGAUAGGAAAGACUGCUCAUUGUACUUCAUGAUUAAAGCUCAAAUGGAAUACAUUAAAAAAAAAAUAUAUAUAUAUAAUAUGAAGAUCAGACUAGGAGGCUGGUGUUCUGGUCCGGUUCCUACAGUGCAGUACUGUCUCUUUAAAAAAACAACCUGCUUAAUUAAUUUUAGUUGAUGAGCUGAUGUAUCACCUGUGUAACAUUUUCAUACAUAAAAACAGGUUUGACAAAAACAUUCAAAUAAGGCACUAUCAAACACCAAAGGUUGUGUGUUUGGUUACUUGAAGUUACCCCUCAUCCUUAUACAGUACCUCCUCUGUUGUACCUGCGAUUACAUUCUGCUUUGCUUUUAUAUUUUUUUUCUUUAAACACAAUAGAUUUUUCCUGAAUUGUUUCUCAUCAUCUUCAACCGUAUGAAAACUUGAUUAAAACAAAAGACAUCAGUUUCUGAAUUGUCUUUUCAUAUGAACACAA